AUGAGUACAAUAAAGGCUAAGAUUUUGGAGGAGGCUGUAAAAUUAGUCCCUAAAUAUGGAUUUGUUGAGGCGAAUUUGCUCCCUUCGACACUUGAUGUUUUAAAAGCAAAAGGUGAGUAUGAUAAUAAAGAAAAUAUGGCUAAUUUGAAUUUUGUUCAACUAUUUCCAAGAGGUUUUCCAAUAGCUGUUGUUGAGUAUAUUGUAGAUAAUUCAAAUAAAGUUACUCAUCAGAGACUGGAAAAAUGUUUUAACAAGAGUGCUAUAUUUAGUUCAAUUGUUGAAAAUAAAGAACUUUACCGAAUGGGAUAUUAUAAACCUCCAGAUGUUAAAAAAGUAGUUGAAGAAGCAAUGUUGACAAAGUUUAAUACAUUAUUGCCAUAUGUUCAUCAUUGGCCAGAAGCAGUAGCUCUAGAAUGGAAUCCUGCUAACGUACCAUUUGCAAUCAAAAACGUUGCUGAAUUUGUUGACACCACCUGUUAUUACGCAGAGCGUAUGGAAAAUCUUGGGACUGUAAUAGCUUCUGGGAACGUACUUCUACAGUCUCGUGUUUUCUCUUCGUUUAAUCCUGGAGUGCAUUUAGAAAAUAAAAAUAUUGCACAUCAUAAUGUUUCUUCUUCAAAAACAGAAGAAGAACGAUUUUGGGAAUCCUUUUCUUUAGGAAUUCCUCUUUCUAGUAGUCCACAGACGAGUGGGGGAUUGGUGAACUGUCAAUGGUACGCUAUGAGAACGAAGGUUGCUGCUGUGUUUUCUAUGGGUAUGUUAUCAUUUGUUGGAGAAGCGAAGAUGAAUCAUCCAGAAACAAAGGCAAUGGUAAAGCGUUUAACUGAUACCUUGCUUUAA